CCCCUCGUUAAGAAGAAGGUGGCCCGCCGCUGCCCCUGAGGGCCGCACGGAAGUGGACCGGCCACCAGCCCUGCGGAGACCAGCGACCUUCGGCUGAGCGGGCAGCUCCCGGACGCACCCCGGGCACCAUGACCCAGACGCCCGCCUUCGACAAGCCCAAAGUAGAACUGCAUGUCCACCUAGAUGGAGCCAUCAAGCCCGAAACCAUCUUAUACUAUGGCAGGAAGAGAGGGAUCCCCCUCCCAGCGAACACAGCAGAGGAGCUGCAGAACAUCAUUGGCGUGGAUGAGCCACUUACCCUCCCGGAAUUCCUGGCCAAGUUCGACUACUACAUGCCCGCUAUUGCGGGCUGCCGGGAGGCUGUCAAGAGGAUCGCCUAUGAGUUUGUAGAGAUGAAGGCCAAGGAGGGCGUGGUGUACGUGGAGGUGCGCUACAGCCCACAUCUGCUGGCCAACUCCAAAGUGGACCCCAUCCCCUGGAACCAGGCUGAAGGGGACCUUACCCCAGAUGAGGUGGUGGCCCUAGUGAGCCAGGGCCUGCAGGAGGGGGAGAGAGACUUCGGGGUCAAGGUUCGGUCCAUCCUGUGCUGCAUGCGCCACCAGCCCAACUGGUCCCUAGAGGUGGUGGAGCUGUGUAAGAAGUACCAGCAGCUGACCGUGGUGGCCAUCGACCUGGCUGGAGACGAGACCAUAGAAGGAAGCAGCCUCUUUGAGGGACACGUGAAGGCCUACGAGGAGGCCCUGAAGAGCGGCAUUCACCGCACCGUCCAUGCCGGGGAAGCGAGCUCAGUGGAAGUAGUAAGAGAGGCCGUGGAUAAACUCAAGACAGAAAGGCUGGGACAUGGCUACCACACCCUGGAAGACGAGGCCCUUUACAACAGGCUGCGGCAGGAAAACAUGCACUUCGAGGUCUGCCCCUGGUCCAGCUACCUCACAGGCGCCUGGAAGCCGGAAACAGAGCACGCGGUCGUUCGGUUCAGAAAGGACCAAGCUAACUACUCACUCAACACGGACGACCCGCUCAUCUUCAAGUCCACCCUAGACACUGAUUACCAGAUGACUAAACGGGACAUGGGUUUUACCGAUGAGGAGUUUAAGAGACUGAACAUCAAUGCGGCAAAGUCCAGUUUCCUCCCAGAAGGUGAGAAGAUGGAGCUUCUUGAUCUGCUCUAUAAAGCCUAUGGGAUACCAUCUUCAGCCUCUGCAGGCAGCACCAAGAAUGUGUGAUGACUCUCUGGUUACUGAGCCCUGGCUGAUGGCAGCUUCUCACUAGGAAGACCAUGACUUCAAGAGUCAGCUACUGAUCCUCUUGAAGCCCGUUUCUGUACACAUAUACCUUGGCAAGGCCACAUCUCUCUAAUUAUGUGCCCUGGACAGGGACCAGGGUGCUUGGUGAUGGGCAUGGUUCAAUCUGAAAUCCUCCUCUGAUGGUGACUUGUGCUGAAAAACUGGUGCUCAAUAAACCAAUGGCUGGUGCUGUGCAGCA